CGGCGGCAGCAGCAGCAAGCAGCAGCAUCCCUCCCAGGCUCGUCCAUUCCGAAGCCAGCUCGUCUCUCCCUCUCUCCCUCCCUUCUAUCCCCUCGCUCUCUCUCGUUCCCAACAGCCGCGGCUUGUCCUCUCCGCUGCUGGCUCAGUUGCUGGGGAGCGAGAGAGAAGGGGGGGGGGUGAGGGGAAGAGGCCGCCAUGUUGGAUCCCGAGACUUCAGUAGCGGCGGCGGCGGCGGCGGCAGUUUGUGCGUGAGGGCGUCAGGAGCAGCCGCGGGGCGGGGGAGAAGCGGAGGCCGAGAGGAGGAAAAGGAAACCGGCGGCGGAGGCGGCGGGCGGGCAGUUGUGAGGAGGAGGAGGCCGGGAAGCUGCGGCACCAGCGCCGCGUCGCCCUGAGAAGAUGCCUUAAACGCGGCACCCGGAUUGGGAAAACAGCGGCAGGGUGGAGGGGGGGGGGAGAAGCCGGCUGUGUGUGAAGGAGCCCCCCUUAGUCACCCUGUUCCUCCUCCGCAGCGGCGACAUGGAAAGGAUUUGCUAGGGAUUAUUCGCUCAGCCACCCCUUGGCCGGCAUUUCCAGGGAGGGCGAAUAUUGGAAGAAGGAGCGGCGGCCUGAGGAAAUGAAGGCUUCACCUUUCUUGGUCGGGUAGCCGGAGAGAGGAGCUGGUGCGACGGGAGAGAGAAGAGGGAGCCCGACCCUGAGGGGAAGAAGAAGAAGGCUCCUUUCCCGGGGACUUUUCCUGCCCUUCUGCUGCUGCUGCUCCUCCUCUUCUCCCCACCCCCCGCUCUCUGAAGAAUUGCCACUGAUGCAUUUUCCAAAGGGUGGUGGAGGUGGAGGUGGUGGAGGUGGAAGCCGUGGUGGUGGAGGAGGAGGUGGCGGCGGCGGAGGCGGCAGCAGCAGCGGAUAUUCUCCAUCGCUAGACCUUCCCAAGCCUGUGCAUUUUGUUUUUCGCCGGGGGCCUCCCCUCUCCCCAUCUCCAGCGAUCUUUCCCUCUGCUGCUCUUUCCUCGAAAAGUGAAUCGCCGGUGCAAAUUGGAUGGGGGUUUUACACUUUAAUGAUGCAGUAAGGAUUCGUUUCGGGAUUACGUUGCAUGAUCUGAAUUUUGAAUGAAGGAGGAGACCUUUAAAAAAAAAGAAAGAAAGAAUAAAAUCGCAUCUAUAUGAGAGAAGAGUGGAUUCAGUCUUGGGUUGGGUUUCUUUUUAAUAUUAUUAUUUAAAUGUAUAAAAUAUAUAUUUUCUCUUUUUAAAUGUAUUAAAAGAGAUUUUAGGGUAAUUAUUUUUCUCCAAUAUCCUGUAUAUAUUGUGUGUGUGUGUGUGUGUGGAAACAGCUGACCAAGACAGAGCACUCAGAGUGGGAAUUCUUGAGAUGCAUUGUACCUUCAGCACCACCCCUGAAGAAGCACUGACUUUUCAAAACACUUUUUAGAAACUAAAACAUUCUGAUGUGUUAGAGUUUUCGAAAAUAACCAGUAAUAAUAAUUGAGGAGAGGCCCAUUAAGAACUGAAGCAAUCAUGUCUGGAGAGGUACGCUUGAGACAGUUGGAACAGUUUAUUUUGGAUGGACCAACUCAGACAAAUGGGCAAUGCUUUAGUGUGGAAACGCUGCUGGAUAUACUCAUCUGCCUUUAUGAUGAAUGUAAUAAUUCACCCCUGAGGAGAGAGAAGAAUAUUCUGGAGUAUCUAGAAUGGGCCAAGCCUUUCACGUCUAAAGUGAAACAGAUGCGACUACAUAAAGAAGACUUUGAAAUCUUGAAGGUGAUUGGCCGAGGAGCCUUUGGGGAGGUUGCAGUAGUAAAAUUGAAAAACGCAGAUAAGGUAUUUGCCAUGAAAAUAUUAAAUAAAUGGGAGAUGCUGAAAAGAGCUGAGACAGCUUGUUUUCGAGAAGAGAGGGAUGUGUUAGUCAACGGAGAUAACCAAUGGAUUACAACAUUGCACUAUGCCUUUCAGGACGAAAACUAUUUAUACCUGGUAAUGGAUUAUUAUGUGGGUGGUGAUCUGCUUACCUUGCUUAGUAAGUUUGAGGACCGGUUACCUGAAGAAAUGGCUCGCUUUUAUUUGGCUGAAAUGGUAGUAGCAAUUGAUUCUGUACAUCAGCUGCAUUAUGUCCACCGGGACAUCAAACCAGACAACAUCCUGAUGGAUAUGAAUGGACAUAUUCGGUUAGCAGAUUUUGGUUCUUGUCUGAAACUGAUGGAAGAUGGAACGGUUCAGUCUUCAGUGGCAGUUGGAACACCAGAUUAUAUCUCUCCAGAAAUCCUGCAAGCCAUGGAAGAUGGGAAAGGAAAGUACGGUCCUGAAUGUGACUGGUGGUCCCUUGGUGUUUGCAUGUAUGAAAUGCUUUAUGGUGAAACACCCUUUUAUGCAGAAUCCCUGGUGGAGACAUAUGGAAAGAUAAUGAACCACAAAGAGAGGUUUCAGUUUCCUGUCCAAAUGACGGAUGUGUCUGAAAACGCCAAGGACCUAAUUCGAAGACUCAUUUGUAGCAGAGAGCAUAGACUUGGGCAGAAUGGAAUAGAAGACUUUAAAGGCCACCCAUUUUUUUCCGGGAUUGACUGGGAUAACAUUCGAAACUGCGAAGCACCUUACAUCCCUGAAGUUAGCAGUCCAACAGAUACAUCAAAUUUUGAUGUAGAUGAUGAUUGUUUAAAGAAUUCUGAGACAAUGCCCCCACCAACACAUACUGCGUUUUCUGGCCAUCAUCUGCCCUUUGUAGGAUUCACAUAUACAAGUAGCUGUGUCCUUUCAGACCGCAGUAGUCUAAGAUAUGCAGCUGGGCAACGGGCUAUGGAUCUCGAUGCCAACGUUCAAAGGACACUUGAGGAUACCUUAGCAACAGAAGCAUAUGAGAGGCGAAUAAAGCGCCUGGAGCAGGAAAAACUUGAACUUAGCAGAAAACUACAAGAGUCCACGCAAACAAUCCAGGCCCUGCAUUAUUCAACUGUAGAUGGUCCAUUAACAGCAAGCAAAGAUUUAGAAAUUAAAAGCCUAAAAGAAGAAAUCGAAAAACUAAGAAAACAGGUGACUGAUUCUGGACGACUGGAGCAGCAGCUUGAAGAGGCCAGUUCUGCAAGGCGAGAAUUAGAAGAUGCUUCUAGACACAUCAAAACAUUUGAGAAGCAAAUCAAAGCACUAAAGCAAGAAAGGGAUGAUCUUAAUAAGGAACUAAUUGAGUCUAGUGAAAGAUUAAAGGCCCAAACCAAAGAGCUGAAAGAUGCACACAGCCAACGGAAACUGGCUAUGCAGGAAUUCUCCGAGAUGAAUGAGCGUCUUACUGACUUGCAUUCACAAAAACAGAAACUUACUCGUCAAGUCAGAGAUAAGGAAGAAGAGAUGGAAGUGGUGAUGCAAAAAGUAGAAAGCUUGAGGCAAGACCUACGCAGAACAGACAGAAUGAAAAAGGAACUGGAAGUUCAUGCUGAAGCUGCAGCUGCUGAGGCAUCCAAGGACAGGAAAUUGCGUGAGCGAAGUGAGCAGUACUCUAAGCAGCUGGAAAAUGAGUUAGAAGGACUAAAGCAAAAACAAAUUGGUCGCUCCCCAGGGGUGAGCAGCACAGAACAUCAACAAGAGAUCACAAAAUUAAAAUCUGACUUGGAGAAGAAAAGCGUUUUUUAUGAAGAAGAGAUAUCUAAACGAGAACUAAUACAUUGUAAUGAAAUAAAAAAUUUGAAGAAGGAACUGCGUGAUGCAGAAAGCCAACAACUUGCUCUCAAAAAAGAGAUCCUAAUCUUGAAAGACAAGUUAGAAAAGACAAGGAGAGAAAGCCAAAGUGAAAGAGAAGAAUUUGAAACAGAGUUCAAACAGAAAUAUGAACGGGAGAAGAUUCUCUUGACAGAGGAGAACAAAAAGCUUUCUGCUGAGCUUGAUAAGCUAACAGCCAUGUAUGAGAGACUAAGUAUGAGCAACCGGCAACUGGAAGAAGAGAUGAGAGAUCUUGCUGACAAAAAAGAAUCUGUAGCGCACUGGGAAGCCCAGAUCACGGAGAUCAUCCAGUGGGUAAGCGAUGAAAAGGAUGCCCGAGGCUAUCUCCAGGCCUUAGCCUCCAAAAUGACUGAAGAACUAGAGGCCCUGAGGAACUCCAGUUUGGGGGCAAGAGCAACAGACAUGCCCUGGAAGAUGCGGCGUUUUGCAAAACUGGAUAUGUCUGCAAGGUUAGAGCUACAGUCAGCCCUUGAUGCAGAAAUACGAGCCAAACAAGCCAUUCAAGAGGAGUUAAAUAAAGUUAAAGCUUGCAAUAUUGCAACAGAAUGCAAACUACAGGAAUCUGACAAGAAGAACUCUGACCUAUUGUCAGAAAUAGAGAGACUGAAAAAAGAGACAGAAGAACUCCGAUCAGAAAAGGGUGUAAAGCACCAAGACUCACAGAAUUCUUUCUUGGCAUUUUUGAAUGCGCCUACCUCUGCUCUGGAUCAAUUUGAAAUUGAUUCUGUUGAAAAUUUUACCUUAUCUAAUACGCCUUCGCGGGAUGAAGAUAUCAAGUGUCACCUUCAUUCAAGAUCUAGGUCCCCUUCCACAGCUAGUGACAUUGAACCAAUUGAGGUUUCAGAUCAUCCUCUGCGUCCGGUUCACACACCAACCAUGAGGUCACCAUAUAUUGGUUCAGGACUCUCUGUGCCAAAGCCAAAGGCCCAUCAGUUUGUAGUGAAAUCCUUUAAUACCCCUACCAAAUGCAAUCAGUGCACAUCUUUGAUGGUUGGCUUAAUAAGGCAGGGCUGUACCUGUGAAGUGUGUGGAUUUUCUUGCCAUGUGACCUGUGCAGACAAGGCACCAGCGGUGUGUCCAAUUCCACCUGAACAGACAAAGGGUCCUUUGGGUAUUGACCCACAGAAAGGCAUAGGAACGGCUUAUGAAGGCCAUGUCCGAGUCCCAAAACCAGCUGGAGUGAAGAAAGGCUGGCAAAGAGCACUGUCUGUUGUCUGUGACUUCAAGCUCUUCCUUUAUGAUAUUGCAGAAGGAAAAGCAUCCCAGCCCAGUGUGGUAGUGAGUCAGGUUCUUGAUAUGAGGGAUGAAGAAUUCUCAGUGAGUUCUGUCUUGGCUUCUGAUGUCAUCCAUGCAAAUAGAAAAGAUAUUCCCUGUAUCUUUAGAGUUACAGCUUCCCAGCUGUCAGCAUGCAGUAACAAGUGUUCAAUCCUGAUCCUAGCUGACAGCGAGAAUGAAAAGAGCAAGUGGGUAGGAGUCCUAAAUGAACUGCACAGGAUUUUAAAGAAGAACAAGCUCAAAGAUCGCUCAGUCUAUGUUCCCAAAGAGGCCUAUGACAGCACCUUGCCCCUCAUUAAAACCACCCAGGCGGCAGCAAUCAUAGAUCACGAAAGAAUAGCUCUGGGCAAUGAAGAAGGGUUAUUUGUGGUUCAUGUCACCAAGGAUGAGAUCAUUCGUGUCGGUGACAAUAAGAAAGUGCAUCAGAUUGAGCUCAUCCCAAAUGAGCAGCUAAUUGCAGUGAUCUCAGGACGAAACCGUCAUGUACGGCUAUUCCCUAUGACAGCCCUGGAUGGACGAGAGACUGAUUUUUAUAAACUGGCAGAGACUAAAGGUUGCCAGACGAUAGUUUCUGGGCAAGUGCGCCAUGGAGCCCUUACCUGCCUGUGUGUGGCAAUGAAAAGACAGGUCCUCUGCUAUGAACUAAAUCACAGCAAGACACGUCACAAAAAGAUUAAAGAGAUCCAAGUGGCUGGGAAUGUCCAGUGGAUGGCAAUCUUUAGUGAGCGGCUCUGUGUGGGCUACCAGUCAGGAUUCUUAAAAUACCCUUUGCAUGGAGAAGGAAACCCACAUAGUUUGCUUCACCCAGAUGAUCACACACUGUCGUUCAUUGCACAGCAACCAACUGAUGCCAUCUGUGCAGUUGAGAUCUCGAAUAAGGAAUACCUGCUGUGUUUUAGCAGCGUGGGGGUUUAUGUGGACUGCCAAGGUCGAAGAUCAAGGCAACAGGAACUGAUGUGGCCUGCAACUCCUUCCUCUUCCUGUUACAAUGCCCCAUACCUCUCAGUAUACAGUGAAAAUGCCGUUGAUAUAUUUGAUGUGAACUCCAUGGAGUGGAUUCAGACUAUCCCCCUCAAGAAGGUACGUCCUUUGAACACAGAAGGAUCGCUGAACGUCCUUGGACUAGAAACAGUGAGGUUAAUAUAUUUCAAAAACAAGAUGGCAGAGGGUGAUGAGCUGGUGGUUCCUGAGACAUCCGAUAACAGCCGGAAGCAAAUGGUCCGAAAUAUCAACAAUAAACGCCGUUACUCAUUCAGAGUGCCUGAGGAGGAGAGGAUGCAACAGAGGAGGGAGAUGCUACGAGAUCCAGAAAUGAGAAAUAAAUUAAUUUCUAAUCCAACUAACUUUAACCACAUAGCACACAUGGGCCCAGGAGAUGGUAUACAAAUCCUCAAAGAUCUACCUAUGCCAAGCUCCCCUUAUCCACCCUCUCAUCAUCACUCCCAUCUCAUCUCUUCUCCAAGCAACUUCGAGCACAUCUAUCACAUGACUGUUAACUCAGCUGAAAAUUUCCUCUCCUGUGAUUCCAUAAACCGUGCAUAUUCCCCACCUCUACGCUCUGUCCCUCGUACACCAGCCUUUAUGAAUAUAAGGAACCUUCGACCUCAGGAAAGUCGGACCAUGUUUAGCGGUUCUGUCAGUAUUCCAUCAAUCACAAAAUCCCGCACUGAACCCGGACGCUCCAUGAGUGCUAGCAGUGGUUUGGCGGCAAGAUCAUCUGCACAAAAUGGCAGUGCUUUGCGGAGGGAAUUCUCUGGAGGUAGCUAUGGAGCAAAGCGUCAGCCAAUGGCAUCCCCUUCGGAUGGCUCCUUGUCCUCUGGCGGUUUGGACCAAGGCAGUGAUGCACCAGCGAGGGACUAUGAGCGAGAGGACUCUGACUCUCCAAGGCAUUCGACAGCUUCUAACAGCUCCAACCUGAGCAGUCCUCCCAGCCCCAUCUCUCCUCACAAGACCAAGAGCCUCUCCCUGGAGAGCUCUGACCACGCAAGCUGGGACACAUGAACUGCUUCAGCACUCAGAUUUUACAUCUCAGCAGCUUACUGUCCCCAUGACUCUCCGUUUGCUCUCACUGUCAUCGCCCCCCAGCUUCCCUCCAAAAGCAGACUAGGGGAGGGAGGGGGGGAAGAGAGCAUAUCUUGUCUUCUCUGACACAAGCAGCGUAAGCUCCCCCCGAUUCAAAAGUAGCAGCAAGCAAGAGAAAACCUUGAGGAGGGCAGAGUGGGGGAGGGGUUGGUAUACAAGAGAUAUUGGUAUAUUUGUAUUAGUAUCUAUUUUAUUUCAUAGGGUUACAGCUGUUUCCAUUUUUAUGGUUAUAUUCCACACCAUGCCACUGUUCCAAACAAAACAUAGUAGUGUUAGACUGACCAAAACAGAAUCUGAAAGAGAGAAGCAGAUUUUGCUUUGAGGCACACAGUAUCUCAUUGUAUUUUUUCAAGAGUUAGCACAGCAACACCCACCCAUCUCUGGUGAUGGGGCAAAAUUUGCCCUGCAGGGGCAGAUAACGCACGCUUUCAGCAACCACUCUAUUUGAAUGUCAAUCUGAUUGUUGCCAGCAAAUCCUUAUUGAUUUAAAAAGAAAUGAUGCAUAUUUUACUACAGUAGAGUUUAAGUAAAUACGCAAAAUUAAGAGUUAGUACAUAUGUAUAUAAUAAAAGAAGAAGCAUUGUGAUGCAGCGAAAGAUGGAUUCCUAUUUAAGAGAUCCUUUAAUUUAAGAAGACUUGUGUUGUUCCCUUUUUCAUACUAAAUAAUCUAUGGAUUGAGGAUGUGAUCUGGAUAUAGAACAUGGCACUGGAUAAAAACAGCCUGGAGGGAGAUUCCAUCCUCACAAUGUUCUCUGUAACAUUACCUUCUUGUCAGUAGAUGAACUAAAGCCAUAAUUCUCACUUUUUAACUAUAUCUCCCUCUUCUACUGUCUGCUUCACUGUACAAGCAAAACUCAUGAUCUGCUGGUCGACAAGCCUGAAGUGAGCUCAAGGGCAGUUUUGCAGAAAAUCAGUAUUCAGCCCCAAGCAAAACUGAAGUAAAUGCAGCCAAAGCCAGCGCAAAGAGAUAACUAGUUUUGGGACGGUUGGAGCUGGGUUUCCAAACCCAUCUGGCCAGUUAAUAGCAGUAACCACUAGCUUGUAAGUUGACUUUCCAAAUUUUAGUGAUCAGCCUACAUCAGCCAAAUUCAAACAGUGCUGGUCUUGAAAUAGAAUCUUUUAAAUAUAUAACUUGCUGCUCUAGCUCACUGAAGGCUAUAACGUGCUGUUGGUCUUCAGAAUUUGCUAGAACGCCGGGUGGCUCAGGACGCCUAUUCCGAAGAUGUUUAUUAUGUCAUCCCUGCUCUCCCACCGGGCCUGACCUAGUGUGUUCAGUGCUAUUAUUGCCGUGAAAUACUGUGACGGUUGGAUCCCACAGAGAAGCGCUUGGCAGGGCAAAGCAUUCCUCUCUGAAGAGAGCAGACAGUGGAGGUCCAUCACCACCUAAAUAAACAGUAGCAAGCAGUGCAACCUGCAAAUGGAGGGCAAGAACAAAACAAUAGAAAAAGUCCACUUGCCUCCUCCUUUUCCUUCUUGAACAAGUUGAGUGCGGUUUGCGAUUUGAGACUAGAUGAAUGUGAUUUUUCUAAUCCUUGGGAUCAUUACUACCUUUAUGACGUGACCAAGCUCAAGCGGAUAAGAGUUUGGAUGGUGGUGUGUGUUGAAUUUAGAAUACUAGUCUUCUGGGUUUUGGUAACACUUCAUGGCUCUCAUCAAACCAUUCCAACCAAACAACAAAAGUGCAACUAAUGGUGUUUCCCAGGUUCCCUCUGAAAAAUGUCAGCUACCACCAUACAAGGUACUGAUUUAGAAGUACUCUGAGAUACAGAGCGUUGUCUUUCACGAUCUAGCUGUAUUGAGUCUGCUAGUUGUUGGUUCUGUGUCUUCUUCUGCAUUAAGUGGACUGCCACACCCCAAGCUACCAUUUAGCUAUUUUAUACUGGGGGGAACAGUUGUGGGUGGGUGGGGGGACACACAGCUUUUUUCUACUGCGUAUGGUGUCCUAAUCCUGUCUGUGGAAUUUGGCUUGUCAAGAAUCUCCAAGUUGAUGAUGUGUGUUUUGUUGUCACAGGUAUAAAAACAAGAGAUUUGCAAAUUGCAUUUCAUAGCGGCCAGUUUUGACAGUUUUGCUGAGCAGGAAAUUAGCAUGUCUAAGAGCACAAGGACAGGCAUAGUUUAAAAUCCAUUGACUACUUCUUCAGCACUGGCUACUAAAAGGUUCUACUUCUCUUCCACCCUGUGAUAUAUUAUCACUCAUGCCCACCCACCGUUCUAUACACUUGUGAAGAGAUUGGACUUAGUUAUUUCUGAAAUACAACUAGUGGGAAAUAGGUUAUCUGAUUAAGGCUGCCAGGGCUUGAAAUCCACAGUAGGCCCAAGUGAUUAUCCACUUCAGGAGUUACCUUAGACGUCCUUGCAAGGUCCUGUGGCAAUUGAUCUGUGCUCCAUCUGAGAAAGAAAAUUAGACAAGAAGGCACCUGUCUAGAAUGAGAAGAAAUUAGCAUCACAAGAGUUACAUUUUAUACGUUGACCCAUUUCACAAAUUAAAAGUAUUCUUCUUUUCAUGCCGACCUAGGAUGCAUUCCUAGUACAUUAUGGACACAUUUGAGCAUCGGCAGAAUUGAAAACAUAUCUCUGAAAUGGUUGGCUGGUGAAGUUAAGCUUUGCUGAUAGGCACUGCUCAGUUUCCAGGCACACCUGAUUACAUUUCUCCAAGCACUUUCAUAGUCUCUAAUUGAAUCCUGACUCAUCUGAUGACACCUUUGUGUACAUAGUUUGAGGCUAUUAUUUCCCUUACUGGGCUAAUUCAGACACCUCAGUCAUUGCCUCUUUACGCUUUUAGCCCAUUUCUUGAGGCUCAAUAAAUCAGGUGUUGAUUGUAAACGAACCUCAGAUUGUACAGCUCCGUUAUUUUUUCUAUAUUAAACACACACAGCCUAUACAUAUCAUUACUUUUCAAAACACAUUCCUGUCAUAAUAUCCAUUUUUAUACUGCUGAAUCAGUCUCAUUCGCUGGCUUCUUAAAAGUUGAUUUGUGUGUUGUUUCAUGUUCCUAACCUGCAUAUUUUUUUUUAGAACAGUUUUGGUUUUGCGCGGGGAGGGGGGGAAAUACAGUUGAUAUUUGUGUUACUCUCUCAGGUAUUUGAACGCAGCAGGAUGUCUUCACACGAUAAGCAUGGAAUGCAAUAAUGUAUUUGGGGCAUGAGGUUCACCAGAGGAUGUAUCCUGAGCACAACUAAGUUUUUGUUCUGAAAUGAUGCAAACCUGGGUAGGUGAUUGGAUUUGGGGUGGCAGUUUUAAGGUCUCGACUGUGAGAAAAUUAUCUGUGUCUUUUUUUAGCCAGUGCGCAGUAAGCAGGGCCUCAAAUUCUUUUUCCCACCUGCAAAGUCACAAAGAAAUUGGGAAUCUGAAAUCAGGCUUGUUGGGAUUUUCUUAGCCUUACACCGUUUCACCACAGGUGUGAAAGUUACCUCUCUCCAACCUACGUUCCAUAUAUAGGUGCCCUGUUUGGAGACCAUAGGAAGUGCAUAUGCCUCAGGGUGAAUGUCACUGAGAGGCUCAUGACAAAAGUUUAGCCCAAUGCAAUAAGGCUUUGUGCCUAGAGGCUAAUAAGGGCACAAGCCUGUUUCAUUCCAAAAUCAUAGUCAUCAGGCUUUUCCUGGAAUAGGGUUCUGAGCUUCUAAGUAGUCUACAAGGGGCCUUCAGAGAUCAAAUAUGCUGUAGAUUUUCAACUUCUAUGACCAUGUUGUGCAUUAAGGCAAUUCCACAUGACUUGUCACCUUGUCUUCUUCAUUCUAUAAAUGCUCCCAUCCUACAUAAGAAUUUUUUUCACUCAUGAGGAAGCAAUCCACAACCAAAAACAGUGUUGGUAUUUCACAGUAAUUAUACCUGCCUUUUUAUGUAUGAUGGUUUCAUAUCAUUUAUUUUUUAAAAAUAUAUUUUUAGGGAUUUUUUUUUCAUUGUAAUAUUAUUGUACAGUUUUGCAUGGCCUAGAUGUAAUCACUUUUUUGUUUUGUUUUAGAGUAUAAAAGCUGACAAGUGUGCGUGUGGGGAAAAGAUUUCUGCUUUUUGCCUCUUCUCACUCUUCUCUUAUUUUUGAUUUAUGCCCUCAAUGUUGUAGAGGACAUUGUAAGAGAUUCUCUGCUCCAGAACAAUGAUGUAGAGUCUAUUGCACAGAAAUAUUUAAGGUGGAUCAGUCAAUGAUGUAAUAAAUGACAGGUCACCAAUAUUUUAUGUUGGUAACACUUAAUAUUAACCUACUUUGAUGUAUUGCAAUAAAACAGGGAACUAUUAGAAAUACA